AUGAACGCGUUCAGGACAAGGAGCAAAAAGGGGAAUAGAAAUGGAGAUCAAAGGAGCCAUAUACGACGAUUUCCAUCUGAUUCUGACCUUUACAGGAAAGUCUUGCACAAAAAAGCGAUGUCGCAUGCAAAUCUGCAUAAAAAGUUCGCUUCGUGUACUCAGUUAAACAAACUGCCGUCGUUUCAGCAGCAUCAAAACUGCAAGGAAUACAAAUAUGAAGAGAAGCUUACUAGCGAGCUUAACAGGUUUUAUUCCCGUCGGGUCAGGAAGACAAGAGCUCAGGUCAAACGAAACAAGCAAUUGGCUUUUUCUCUCGCGUUUAAAAUGUUGAUUAAUGCACAAGUCGUUAACAAUCGCUUUACCGUCGGGGAAAUUCUACGUAAUGGGGCAAAUUAUGGUGAUAUGGUGGAAAUAGAAGGCGAUCGCUUUGAAUUUGGUGUCCCUGUGUACCUUGAUGAAAAUGCAAGCUUUUCCAUCCAUCGCGCCGAAGAAGAUGGCUUUGUGAGACUGCAACUUGAUGAUUGUGAAACUUGGCAAGAUUGUCUUGACAACGAUGGAUUCCUAUCAGCAAAUCUUGUUAGGUCAAAACUUCACUUAACGAUGAAAAACACUUUAAAAUCUUUCAAAAAUAACAUCGAAGAAGGAAGCGAUGAGUACCCAAGUGAUGUCCAGAAUGUGGAAGUUUUCUGCGAGGGUUCGACCAUAGUUCUGCAAAUAAAAGAGAUAAGUGGAUUCAUAGCCGUAGAAUUGAUACCCACGAUUGUAAUAUUACGGGAAAAUUUGGAGUGGUGUCGGAGAUUUUCCAAAUCCGCUCCACCAUCGUUUGUUGUCGGUAAAGCGUGUCCUCUGCCUUUAAGCGACCCAGAAACACUUUGGCAAUUGUCAUUUUUGUCAGCUGAAAAGAAGAAAUUCUGCACUUUGGGUACAGCGAAAUAUUGCUUGUUUUUAACAUUGGCUGAAAUAAGAAGACGAGACCAAACUCUGCGAGAGUUAUCACUGUACCAUUUACAAACCGUUCUGUUCCUAGUUGGGGAUGCGAUCAAUGAUCCCAUGAAAUGGAGCAAGGAUAAGAUAGGCGAGCGUUUCUUGGAUGUGCUUCGUUGUUUGGAGACAUUUUUAGAAAAUAAAAACUGUCCGCAUUAUUAUAUGCCAAAUAAUAAUCUAUUUGCGAGCAUGAAUGCCGUCACUAUUGCUACUCUCAAGGACAGAGUGAGGAGAAUGAUGAAACCAACUUGCGUGGCUUGUGGUGUGGCGACAAUUUGUAAAAGUGACUGAGGUCCGGGGAGGGAAAAUAAAUGGCCAUUCGUGGCCACUCGCCUUUACUAGUGGUCAUUCAGGGUGAUUCGUGGCCACUCGCCUUUACUCGUGGUCAUUUACGGUUAUUCAUGGUUAUUCGUGGCCACUCGUGAUCAUUCGUGGUCACUCGUGGUCCC